CGGACGGGUGUGCAAUCAAUUUCCGUUACAACAAUAAAAGCACAUAUAAUACAACGACUACAAUGUCUGAGUCGACCAUCUCUUCAGCAAAACGUUUGGUUAAGACGAGACAACACUUUAGCGAUUUAAGUCAAAGACGUGUCAAGAAAUGGCGACAUUUGAUGGUCAAGAAAAGCAAUCAACAGAUACUUGAGUCGCAAAAUAAAGAGAUUGAAGCUAUUAAUAGACAAUUAAGACAUUUGAAGGAUGAAUACAAACUGAUUACUUCAGAGAGGGGUUCGGCUCACAAAUGGGCACAACUUGUGACCAAACAUGAGAGCGAAGAGAAAGAGUUUGAAAAGAGACGACAAGAGAUGGUUAUGAAGAGAUCAGUCAAUUCAUUAAAGACAUUCUUGAAUGAAACGAUUGCUAAACAAAAUGAAAAACAACUCGAAAAACAUAAACAACUUUUAAGAAGAAAACAAUUAAUGAAGAGUUCAUUGUAUAAGCAAAACAUUGACGAAAAAGAUAUCGAUAUUUUGCAUCAAUUGGAAAGUUUACAAAAGUCUGAAAAAGUUAUUAAAGAUGUAAUUGAAAAGAGACAACAAUUGAGUCAUUCAGAGGAAUCGAUUGAAAAAACUACCGAAAGAUUGUUUUGGCCGAAAAAAUUGAUACCUAAACACAAACUUCUUUAUUCUAGUUUUUCAAACAGUUAUUUAAAUGACUUUAUUAUUUCUUCAGAAGACAACAAUGCCUUGAAGUCCGUUAAUAUUAUUGAAGACUUUGCAAAUAAAUCACAAAAUAAUGUUAACACUGAGGAGGACUAUCCACAAGAAAUCGCUAUUAAAUUAUAUGAAAAAUUAAAAAAACAUCGAAUGGCAGUCAAAGAACAAAGAAAUAAAAAAGUGUUUCGAAAUGUUGCCAUUAAUACGAGUUCUUUGAAGAUAAUGGAUGAAAAAGAUGUUAUAAUUCAAUCCGAUAGUGAAGAUAAUAAGCAAAACGAAAGCAGUUCAGAUGUCGAUAGUGUCGAUGAAUUAACAGAUUCGACAACUUAUUUAUCUGUUCCCAAAAAUUACAAAAUGGCCACAAAUAAAGCUGCUUUAGCUUUGACUGAGUUAUAUAAGAAUACUUUGUUAACUAAUCCAUUGAAUAAUGUAGACUCUGGUGACAAUAGUCCUAACAUAUCGAUAAUUGAUACCGAAUUAAACUCUUUGCGCGAAUUAACACUCGAAGAAACUCCAGAUAUUAUAUCUGAUCCACUUCUGCUUCGGAUCAAUCAUUUAAAAGAACUAAUCGAUCAAAAAGUUGGUCGACAUUCUAAUAAACAUUUAGCGGUAAACCAAAAGAAACCAAUUGAUAACAACACUAAUGAUAUAGUGUUUGACUCUAAAUUAGUUAACGAAUUAAACGAUACAAAAGAUAAACUAAAUGACAAUAAAUUUAAUACUGAAAUCAGUUCUCACAAACAAUUACUAAAUGGCGACCAAAAUAUCGAUAGUUUUACACUCGAUUCCGACUCCUCUUCUAAUUCUUUAAGUUUUAAAACAUUGAGAGUUAUAAACACUUCAUUGCCAUCUUCACCAUCGCUUGAGAUUUUGUCACAAUUUUGUAACCGAAAUAUUGAAAACACAGUAAAUGAAAAUUCUUUUGACUUGACUUCAAAUAAUAAGAAAGAAUCAGAAAUAGAUUCAAACGGAUCUACUAUUAGUUGGUGUCAUCCGUUCAGAGAUAGGAAUGCCUUUUGGAAAGAUGUGUUUAAAAAAGCCGGUUUUAAAAUCAAUACAAUUCAAAUUGAUGACUACCUGUCCAAUGUUGAUACAAGUAGUGAACCAUUGGUUGAUUCUGUUUCUGCAUUUUCUUUGAACUCAUUUUCAUCAGAUUUUAACUCGCAUUCAACUCCUAAAUAAUUACAUAAAAAUGAAUUGAUGUGAUAUACUAUGCCUUUUAAACACUUAUCGAAACAUUUCUAUUUUUUUACUAAUUUUUAAAAGAAUUUUUCACUUUUAUACACUCCUAAUAUUA